AUGUUCCCAAACCAAUUGCCUGGAUGUCUUCAGUGGGCAUUUUGGAGAGCUUAUUUGCCUGCCGCACGACGGAAAGGAGUCUGCAUUCACUUAGCCGGGACAGGAGAUCAUUCCUAUGUUAGGCGUGAAUUGGGUUUCGUAAACGGCCUCCUCGAGGAAGGCAUAGGUUCGAUUCUUCUACAAAAUCCGUUCUAUGCUGAUCGUAAACCGCCAUCACAAUUUCGAUCGUCGCUUGAAAGUGUUUCUGAUCUGUUCGUGAUGGGAGCAGCUCUGAUUUCUGAGUGCACGUUUCUGAGGUCAUGGGCGCAGUCUGAAGGCUAUGGGCCGAUGGCUUUGUCUGGAGUCUCUAUGGGCGGGUUCAUGGCAUCGCUAGCUGCGACCAACACACGGACACCAGUUGCAGUUGUUCCUUGCUUGUCGUGGACGACAGCCAGGCCGGCCUUUACGGAAGGUGCUCUACGACAGGCUAUCAAAUAUGAGCACCUUCAACAGCAGCUCGAAGACAGAAAUUAUCUGGACAAAUUGAGAAGCAUUCCUGGAGUGAAUUGGGUAGAAGAAAUGUACAAACGAAAUGAUUCGAAUCGUCGUGGGCUAGCGUACAAUAUGAUGUGUAUACUAAUGGACGAGUUCACUUUGUUAUCUAAUUAUCCAGUGCCAGUGGACACAUCGGUGUGCACAGCAGUUGUUGCAGAACAUGAUGCGUACGUUCUGCGAAAUCAUGGCGCUCCAGAUUUUCGGCAAGUUUGGCCAGGAAUGCGUGUUCUUGAAAUCAAUGAUGCUGGACAUGUGACUGCCUACUUACAAGGACAUCAGGUUUUCCGAGAUACAAUAGCCCAAACCUUACAUCGUAUGGAGUCCCAGUCAGCCUCAGUCAGUAAUUGA